UGCUGAGUGUGAGGUUUAUUUGUGCACCGCCGGCAUUUCGUGCGAACUUAACACAAUUUGUGAUGAUUUUGUGCACUGGCUAUAAUUGCAGUGACCUGUGGCUAGCCGUUGAUUGUGGUUGGUGAUAAAGAAAAGUUGAAAUUUCGUUAAUAAAUUGUUAAAAGAUUCCUUUCAAUUAAAAGAAAAUAGGUGUAGUGAUUAAGACCUCAUGAUCAAAAAUUAGUCUCUUGGAAAAUUGUUGAGAAGGUGAGACAAGUGAGUGCAAAAUCAUAUAAAAAGGAAAAAAUAUUGCCGGCGCCAACAGCUGACAAUCUAUGAUAAAACAAAAAAUCUAAAUUGCGAAUUGAUGAUACAAUAACCGCAGUAAACUCAAAAAUUCGCACUAAAAAUUCCGAACAGACAGGUGUGCAAUAUCAUCGCCGUUCGUAAAAAUACAAGCAAACCAAUACAAACAUAUAUAAUAAAUUUUCGCACACAUACAAACAUACAAACUCUUAGCAAAUGUGUGGAAACUGAGUAUGUUUCACAGCUAAGCAUAUUUUUAACCAAAUCAUGAAUUGUGAAAAAAUUUCGUGAUAAGAAAAAGUGAAAAAAUUAAUAUAAAAGAAAAGAUUAGUAAAAUAAUCAAAAAAUAAUUUUUGAAAAAUCGUAUGAAAUAAAUAAUAAUAAACGUCCAAUCUUAAAUGCAAAAUAUGAAAAAAGGAAAUUGUUUUCAUAAAAAAUAUGUGUAAAUAGCAGAAAAAACGUGAAAUUUUUAGAAAAAAUUAUGAGAAACGGAUUAUGAAAAAAAAAAAUUCGACGAAGAAAAUUAUGCGUAAAAACUGGAUUAUCUGAAAAAAAACGAUUGAAUAAAUUCAGCUGUGUGCCACUGAUGGAUUUUAGGUAGAAAAACUGCAGUUUUAUUGAAUUUAUAACAUAACGGAUAAUUAAAUAAGCAACAAUAGCAACGUAUAAAAAAGUUGAUGGAAAAGAGUUAUAAAAUACAAAUUAAUUAGAGUAAAUGAUGCAUAAGGGCGUGAACCUAAUAGUAUUUAGUUAAAUAUGAAAGGUAAAUGCCAUUGUUCUUGUGCUUGGAAAGUUUAGAAAAAAUCGCUUAAAACAUAACAACAAAAAUAAAAUCUGUUGUCAAGAGGCAGCAAAAAGCUUAUGUGUGCAGAUUUUUUAAUUAAUUAAAAUUAAAAUUAAAUAUUUAAAUUUAAUUAAAAUUAAUUUAAUCUUAAAUUAAAUAAAAAAAUAUUUCUAUAGAUAUAUUUGUCAAGCCAAAAUCGUCAUAAAAUAAAAUAAAUGCAAAAAUUUAUGAAAUAAGUCUACAAGUUUUCGAAAAUAUAAAAAAAAAUAUUUAGAAUAAAAUACGUCAAAAAGUCAUAAGUUAAAAUAGCUAAACAAAUUUGGAAACCACAAAACACAACUAAAAAUUUUAUCUCAAAGUGUAGUAGUGUAAAAUAUUCAAAAUAUAUGUAAAAAUAAAAAAAAAUAUAAAAUAUAAAAAUUAAUAAUAUAUAAAAAAUUAUUUUAAGUGCAACAAAUAGUACACCCUUAACCCAACAUUAGCAGCAAGUAAAAAUAUAGUGUACUCUUAGUAAAUAUCAACAGCAAAACACCAAAAACUCCAACAGGAUGUCUGAAACGCAAGACAACAACGGCGAUCAGCCGCUGCAGGACGAGGCUGGCGGCAGUGAGAAUAAAAUGAAAUCACGCCUACGUAAAGGCGCGCUAAAGAAGAAAAAUAUUUUCGCCGUUAAAGAUCAUUGCUUUAUACCGCGUUUCUUCAAGCAGCCAACAUUCUGUUCGCAUUGCAAGGAUUUUAUUUGGGGCUUUGGCAAACAAGGAUUUCAAUGUCAAGUUUGUUCGUAUGUGGUGCACAAGCGCUGUCACGAAUAUGUGACGUUCAUAUGUCCGGGCAAGGAUAAGGGAAUCGAUUCCGAUUCACCACAAACAGUGCAUCAUUUCGAACCAUUCACAUUUGGUGGGCCCACAUUUUGCGACCAUUGCGGUUCGCUACUCUAUGGCAUCUACCAUCAGGGUCUCAAAUGCUCAGCAUGUGACAUGAAUGUGCAUGCCCGCUGCAAGGAGAAUGUGCCGAGCUUGUGCGGUUGCGAUCACACCGAACGUCGUGGACGCAUCAAUUUGGAAUUGAAUGUGAAGGAGAAUUUGCUGACGGUGCAAAUCAAAGAAGGCCGUAAUCUCAUUCCAAUGGACCCGAAUGGUCUUAGUGAUCCCUAUGUUAAGGUCAAACUAAUUCCAGAUGAGCAUGAAAAGUCCAAGAAGAAGACGCGCACCAUCAAGGCUUGUCUAAAUCCUGUGUGGAAUGAGACCAUCAAAUAUGAUCUCAAGCCAGAAGACAAAGAUCGGCGUGUACUUAUCGAGGUCUGGGAUUGGGACCGCACAUCGCGCAAUGAUUUUAUGGGCGCUUUGUCAUUCGGUAUAUCCGAAAUUAUUAAGAACCCCGCGGAUGGCUGGUUCAAAUUGCUCACACAAGAGGAGGGUGAAUACUACAAUGUGCCAUGCGCCGAUGCCACACAGGAUCUACUUAAACUCAAAAGUCAAAUGCGGAAAUCAUCACAAAAGAAACCACUGGUGAUGCGUAGCGAUACAAAUACACAGACACAAUCUAAAAAGGAUAUGAUACGAGCUACCGAUUUCAAUUUCAUAAAAGUACUGGGAAAAGGUUCAUUCGGCAAGGUCAUGUUGGCCGAACGCAAGGGCACCGAAGAUCUCUUCGCCAUUAAAAUACUCAAGAAGGACGUCAUCAUACAGGACGAUGAUGUCGAGUGUACAAUGAUUGAGAAACGUGUUUUGGCUUUGGGCGAAAAGCCGCCAUUCCUAGUACAGCUGCACUCAUGCUUCCAAACGUUAGAUCGUCUCUUCUUUGUCAUGGAGUACGUCAAUGGUGGCGAUUUGAUGUUUCAAAUACAACAAUUCGGCAAAUUCAAGGAGCCGGUAGCUGUCUUUUACGCAGCCGAAAUAGCCGCCGGCCUCUUCUUUCUACACAGUAAAGGCAUUUUGUAUCGGGAUUUGAAAUUGGACAAUGUUCUCUUGGAUGCCGAUGGUCAUGUUAAAAUUGCCGACUUUGGCAUGUGUAAGGAGAAUAUUAUUGGUGAUAAGACAACAAAGACAUUCUGCGGCACACCCGACUACAUAGCACCCGAGAUCAUUCUAUAUCAACCCUACGGUAAAUCGGUAGAUUGGUGGGCUUAUGGUGUCUUGCUCUACGAAAUGCUCGUCGGCCAGCCGCCGUUCGAUGGUGAGGAUGAAGAAGAGUUGUUUGCUGCCAUUACCGAUCACAAUGCCUCCUAUCCGAAGAGUUUGAGCAAGGAGGCCAAAGAGGCGUGCAAAGGGUUCCUCACCAAGCAACCGAAUAAACGUCUCGGUUGUGGACCCACCGGCGAGGCGGAUGUGCGUAUACAUCCGUUCUUCCGACGAAUCGAUUGGGAGAAAAUCGAGAAUCGUGAAGUGCAACCGCCAUUUAAGCCGAAAAUUAAACAUCGCAAAGAUGUCUCGAAUUUCGAUAAGCAAUUCACUUCGGAGAAAACGGAUCUGACACCAACGGAUAAAGUAUUUAUGAUGAAUUUGGAUCAAACGGAAUUUGUGGGCUUCUCCUACGUAAAUCCGGACUAUGCGGUGCCCGUUUAAAGGCACGAAACUCCGUACACAAACACACACACUUAAACUCAAAAGCACUGCGUACGGACAGCGUGCGUAGGAAUUGGAAGGACACAACCACGAAAAGAAAAGCGAAAGCUGGGGAGAGAGAGCGGGAUUAAGCGUAAGCGAGGAUAUUACAUUGUUUUAACGGAAGCAGGCAAGUGAAGCAGGAAAUCAAGCGUUAGCCAGCUGUACUGUCGCUUGGUGUGUAAGUGUGUAUAUUAUUGAGGUGCAUGUUUUUCGAGCACACUGUACUUUCUUGUGAACAACGUGCCAUUAUAAGAAUUUUAAGCAGAAUUUCCAAAGCGUAGGUGAGCGAGGAAAGACACACACACGCUCGAAGUGAAGUAGAUUGCAUACCUGUUGUCGUGUGGAAAGCCGGAGUGCUGAUCUUUAAUCCGCUAAACCCAACCUACUUCCAACUCAAGACUCUUCCACGGAACCACAAAGUAUUACUUCGUGGGAGUGACAAGACAUUUUACGUCUCCUCUAUAGCACGGACGGAGUGAUGCCUAUUCUGCUGUAACCUUACUGUAGAGGGUCUCUAUGUUGCUCAUUACUUUAAGGCUACUUCUAAAGCGUUUAUAUUAUAACAUUUCGGUGACCUAACAUUUACCGAUCGAGGUCUGAUAUUGAGAUCGUACUUCGCGUAAUGAUUUCUCAUUAAGUUUAGACGAUAAAAAAUUGGACAACAAGGACAUGCCACACAAGAUGAACAAACGUGAUAUGAUACGUGCAUUACGAAACGUGAUUUACGAAAUGUUGGCUGGCCAAAAUCCCUUCGAGGCUGAGGAUGACAAGAGCACGUUCAAAAAUAUCAAACACAAGAAAGCUGUCUUUCCGAAACACUUCUCACAAAAUGCUAUGGUUGUUCUAACAAGCGUGAGUACCUUUAACAUAAAUACACUAGAAGAAGUUUUGAAGUUCUCUGCUAAGCAGCCAAACAAUCAUUUGGGUGCCGGACGCUAUGCGCGCUCUGAGGUUACCACACAUCCAUUCUUAAGGAAUAUUGACUGGAAUAAGGCGGAAGCUAAGGAAAUGGAGCCUCCUAUUGUGCCAAAUAUUAAACAUCGCAAGGACAUUUGGAAUAUUGAUAAAGAUUUCAUAACUGAGAAAACUUACCUGACACCAAGCGAUGAGUUAUUUUUGAUGAACUUGGAUCAGUAUGACUUAAUAGCUUUCUCUUAUAUAAAUCCGGAAUUUAUUACUAUUAUAUAAUAUUUAUAAAUAUUUAUUUAUGUAAUAUUAUGAGUGU